GCUGCUGCUUGCUUAUUCAUCUACAUUCAUCAGUAGUUUUUGUUGUUGACCCACCCUGGAUCAUAUUCUUAUCAUCAAUGUUUAUAUAAUUUUUAUUAUCAUCCAUUCAUCCCUAAAAAAGUUAAAUGUUAAAUGUAAACAUCGCUUAAUUUUCUGUAACUAAUAACUAUAUAGACAAUUAAUUUAAUUUAUUAUUACUUAACGUAAUAAUUUAGUUUCCAAAUUUCYAAUAUCAUUGUAUUUUCACUCAACGUUGUUUCACAAUCGCGUAAAAUUUUACAAUGUCGGAGUACAAUAAAGUCAGAGUAUCCAAAUUGGUUUUAAAAAACGAAAAAGUCAAAAAGAAGAAGAAAAAAGACAAAUCUAAGAAUAAGGAUGAAAAAAUUAAUGUUGAAGAAAAUCAAGACAAAAUUAACCAUGGAAACUGGGCAGAGGCUAAAUCAGUAAGCGAAAUUUCAGGACCAGUAGCUCUUGAAUUUGGUUCUCAGACCUAUGUUACUGCUAUGGACAAUGGGUUAUUUACUUUAGGUCCUCCACAUAAUGAAGGUUAG